AUGGCUGGCGAUCCAAGAGCGUUGCUGAAACAGGCAGAAGCGUCGCUACAGAAAGCAUCUGGCGGCUUCAGUUUCUUCGGAAACAAGCAAGACAAGUAUGAGGCUGCCGCAGAUCAGUUCAUCGCCGCAGCAAAUGCGUUCCGGAUGCAGAAGAUGGGCAAGGAGGCUGGCGAGGCCUUUGAAAAGGCAGCAUCAGUCCAGCGCCAACACCUAAAUGAGCCCGAUGACGAGGCAAACACUCUCACAGACGCCUUCAAGGCCUACCGAAAAGACGACCCAGAAGCUGCAGCCAGAUGUCUAGACAAGGCCAUAGCACAUUACUGCAGCAAGGGCAACUUCCGUCGUGCAGCCACUCACAAGCAGAACCUCGCCGAGCUCUUCGAAGUUGAACUCGGCGACAACACACGUGCAGCAGCCGCUUACGAAGAAGCAGCAGGCUGGUAUGAAAGCGCCCUCGCCAACAAACUCUGGCUCAAGACCGCCGACCUCGUAGCCCUUGAAGGCAAAGACUACUACAAGGCUAUUGAGCUCUACGAGAAAGUCGCAAAGACAUCCAUUUCUAACAACCUCAUGCGUUGGUCCGUCAAGGAGUAUUUGCUCAAAGCUGGUAUCUGCCAGCUCUGCACGGGCGACCAGGUCGGUGUCACUACUGCCCUUGAUAGGUACAGGGAGCUAGACCCCAGCUUCCAGCAGCAAAGGGAACACGCGCUACUCGUUGACUUGGCCGCGGCUGUCGCGGAUGGUGAUCAGGAAAUGUUCGCUGAUAAGCUGUUCCAGUAUGACCAGCUGAGCAAGUUGGACAAGUGGAAGACUACUCUUCUAUUGCGGGUCAAGAACACGAUUGAGGAGGGCGGCGAGGACUUCUCGUAGAGCAUUGUUGACGGAGUUGGGGUACAUUUACUCUAUCUAGUACACUGUUUUUCCGUAUACAAAUGCAGUCUUCUUGGUCUUUG